AGUUAUAAGCAAAAUACUGGGAGGUCCAUUUAUAUGGAACACCCGUUAUAUUGUUUUCUUAUUUUAGGUAUUUUUCGCGAAGUUUACAUCACGAACAGUACAAAUUAUACUCUGACAUACUGUUUAAGUCCAAAUAAUCCUUUAUUAUUGAAUAAUCAUGUAUUUAUGAUUACACGAUCAAUGAUCCGCUUUUUCAUCUAUUAUGUAUUGCCAUUAAUCUUUGUUGCUACUUUUUACAUUUUGAUUGCAAAACAUUUAUUUAAAACAAAGACAAUUGUACUUCAUCAACCCUCUACGUCAAAUAUUAAAGGAGAUAGAGUGAAUAAUUGUAAAACAAAUGGUAAAAUGGUUAUGUAUUCUAGAAUAUUGCGAAAUAGUAAUAGUAAUAAGAAUAAUUCAAAUGAUUUUACAUCAAUUCAGACAUUAGGUUAUACAACAGCAAGAUCGUCAACAUUGGACAUGGAUGAAAGCAUAAUUCGUUCUUCAACAACAUCAAGAUGUCAAUUAUUAAGUACCACACAUCGUUAUCCAGUUACAUGCAAUAGUAGUAAUGAAAAUAGUCCUAGAAUACAAUCAUUACAUAAUGAUGGUAGAACACGAAAACAAAUGCGAGCUCGACAUAAAGUUGCUAAAACUGUUUUAUUUUUAUCAAUUAUUUUCUUCAUUUGUUGGUUACCAAAACAAAUACAUGAUCUCUAUUGGUAUAUUGGUGUUAUUAUUUAUCAUUCAAAAUGGAAUUAUUUUUGGCAUAUUAAUAAAACAACGGCAUUACUUUUAUCUUACAUUUAUUCAUGUAUUAAUCCGUUUGCUCUCUACUUUCUUAGUUCAACAUUUCGACAUUUCUAUAAUCGAUAUCUAUUUUUUUGGACAAAUAUAUCUUGUAUGCAUAAUUGCUGUUAUAAGAAUGAAGACAAAAUUGAUACCAUCAUAAUUGGAAACAGUAUAAUUGAUGAUCGUCCACGAUCAAAUACAGCAAGUAUUCUUGAUUUAAAAAUGAACAAAAAAUUAAAUAAUAAAAAUGGAAAAAAUCAACAUUCUAAAAUGAAACAAAAAUAUUAUAUGAGAUCAGAUACAAUAUUAACAGCUAGUCUUAGUUUAUUAACACAGCCACAAAAUUCAAUCAUUUCAAAUAUAAGAUGA